AUGGUGGGAAUUUGGGGCAUGGGUGGUAUAGGUAAGACCACCCUUGCUAAAGUUGCAUUUCACAAGUUGAAAGCGCAUUUUGAAGCUUUCUCCUUUGUUGAAAAUGUAAGGGAACAACUACAACGGAAUGGACUCGACAGGUUACGGGAAAAAUGCCUUAAAGACUUAUUAAAAGGCGAUGACAUUCACAUCUACAACAUGAAAUCCACUUUUGUGAAACAUAGUCUUGGACGCAAAAAGAUUCUUUUGAUCCUUGAUGAUGUUGAUAAUUUAAUAACAGCUGAAGAUUUAGCCAUAUUGUGUGAUUGGUUUGGAGAAGUAAGUAGAGUUAUUAUUACAUCAAGAGACACGCAAGUGCUAAAAAAUGCUUCUGCAUCUUCAACAUAUCAUGUUCAAGAAUUAGAAUUCAAUGACGCCUUACAUUUGUUCAGUUUAAAAGCGUUUAAGCAAAACGAGCCAUUUGGAAGCUAUUUGGAGUUAUCAAAGUGGGUAGUGGAUUAUUGUCAUGGAAACCCCUUAGCUCUUGUAGUGUUGGGUGGAUUUCUGUAUGGUAGAACAAAACAAGAGUGGGAAAGUGCGCUGGAAAAAUUAAAACAAGCUCCACACAAAGACGUUUUUAAUGUGCUCAAAUUGAGUUUUGAUAGACUUGAUGUGAACCAGAAGAAUAUAUUUCACGAUUUAGCAUAUUUAUUGAGGGAGGCAAGUAAGAUAUCUUUGAACUUCAUUGUAGAUUUCUACGACUCCUCUGCAUAUAUUGAUAUCAUUGUUCUCAAAGACCUAUCUCUCAUUUCCAUUGAUAAAUCUGAUGAGAUUAAGAUGCAUGAUCUUGUAAGAGAAACGAGCCUUGAAAUUUCUAGACAACAAUUGCUCAUUGAUCCUGAAAAACCCGUUCGACUAUGGAGGCACAGGGAUAUUUAUCAUUUCUUCAUCAAUAACAAGGGAUGUGGGACCAUUCGGUACAUAUCUUUGGACAUGAGCAGGACAAAAAGGAUUAUAUUGCCACCUGAUGCCUUCCAAAAGAUGUAUGAAUUGAAAUUUCUGAAAUUUUACAAAUCUGAUUUAAAAGAGCCUCCAAAAGUGUAUAUUUUUGAGGGUCUAGAGAAUCUUCCAGAAGAGUUAAGGUGUCUCUUUUGGGAAGAAUAUCCUCUGCCAUCUGUACCGUUGAGCUUUUGUGCAGACAAUCUUCUAGAACUAGAAAUGCCUCAAAAUCAUCUGCAACAACUUUGGGAUGGAGAUCAGCAUUUCCCAAAUUUACAAUUAAUGAAUCUAAUAGGCUCGAAACAUCUCAUUGAUCUUCCAGAUCUCUCUCAUGUCCCCAAUAUCAGAAUGAUAUAUCUUGACGAAUGUGGGAAUUUGGCUCAGAUUCAAUCUUCAAGUAUCCUGAGCAAGCUUUCCCAUUUGUCCAUUGGAGACUGCAAAAAGAUUAGACUCAUAAACAUUGGCGGCAAUAUUAAGGAGACAAGCUCAGGUCUAGUGGCUACCUACAAUUUUCUGGAUCUGAUUAACUUGUCAUUCCAUAAAUUCACUGUGAAGCUCUUCAUCUCUAGCCACGCCAAUACUUUCUCCGGGUUUCGGAUUAAGCUUGUCUCUGUAUCAUUCAGGGAGAUAUCAUCGUGGCCAGAUCAGUGCAUGGACAAUGCAAAGUUGAACUUUUCGUCUUUACUUCCCUUCGUCACUCCAAUUCGUUGGUUAGAUCUUCCCAUUGAGUUUGGCAGUUUCAACAAACACUACGACUAUAUCUCUUCUCAUGAACAUCACACAGUUGAGCAGCCUAAGGAUAUAAACAUGAAUGAUCCGACCGUCGCACCAAGAGACAUAUUGGGGCUUGAAGAUCAGAAGAUAAUAACAGAGGAAGUUACAGAUUAUCAUAUUUCUGAUGGUGCAAAAUGGAGGGCGUUGGAGAUUGAAGAGAAAGAUGAGAUUAUUAGGAGCAACAUUAUUGUUCCUGGCAUUUCGAUCUUGAGAUCACUUGCAGAAUUUGAUUGCAAGAGCAUUCAACCUCUCGUAGAUUUUAGAAUGUCACUGGAUAAUGGAUCAACACUUUGGGGUGGUCAUGAGAUUUCAGCAGCAGCAACCCAAAAAUCUAAUGAGCCUGCUGAUCUUAAUGUCGAUAUUUGGCAACCAUUGGCUGGAGGUUUCUACGCUGAUUUACCAAUUAACUUACAUCGUGACAUAAUUUGGUUCCUUUUCUUGUUCCAACCAAGAAAAGACACUGAAAUGAAGUUAGAGUUAGGGCCACACCCUGAUAAUUUUAGCCCAUAA